CCCGUCUGUAUCAAUCACGUUUAUUAGGUAAGGUUAAGUAGGUUAAGGUACCGGUGAGAGAAAAUGCCAUCAAUUCAGUGAUUGGCCUUAAGAUAAGGAGAUAAUCAGGUUGAUCCAAUGAUUAUGUAUCUGAAUAUAGUCACCCCAAGAUAAAUAAAUAAUGGAAGAUGGCUCUAGACCGCCAUGUAUUCUUGAGGUGUCUAUAUGCUUAAUCCUUUCCCAAGCUCUGAAUAAGUACACUUGAACUUUGGGGUGGACAGUACUAGUAAUUUUCAUUCUUAUUAAUGACAAUAAAGGGUAGAAUGUCAAGCAUUCUCAGUUUUAUUGGGAUGUGUGCCUGGGUACUCUCAGCCCAUCGGAUCAUGCUAGACGUCCCCGUGGCUGGAGAGGAUUGGAAUCCCCCAACUACUUAAAUAACCUGUACUUCAAAUCCUUAGAAAGGGUACAACAUCUUCGGAGCACUGGGCACUGGUAAGGCUAAACUUAUGAAAUUAUAAAUUAUGUUUUUUCUAUUAUAAUGGCUAGAAUUCAAAAAAGAUUCCUUACUAUUGUGUGUUUCUUAUUGAGAGUAGUAAUAUCCAAUCAUUAUGGUAGUUGGUCAAUUCGUUGCUUCAAUUUGGUUUUGAUGAGGUUGAACUGGUUUUGAGCUAAUAUUCUAAUAAUGGGUCAAACUAAAAUUAAACGGUUAAGUUGAAAUUCGGUUUUGAUCCAAUAUGGUUCAAUCUUUAAGGGUUCACUUAACCAACUUUUAUCAGGGACAUUGUUAUGCUGUUAUCAGUUAAGUUUUUAAAGAAAUGGGACAAAGUUUUUUGUUUGAGAACAGUCCUAUUCCACUGACAUGGGGGCAUGCUGUGAUCAAUGUGCCCCUCAUGGGGGUGCACACACCUUAUUUGGGAGCGGGGGUGCUGUCAGAUAGAAAACACUUGCCCUUAAAAAGUAAUGAAAUAAUGAAGUUUUCAUCAUUUUUUAGCUUUGGUUCAGUUUCAAUAAAGCUUGGUUUGGUCUGAUAUAAGAGUUUGGUUCAUAAUGAAUCAUUUGAUUUUGGUUUAACCGAUUCGGGCUGGAAAUUGGCACCCUUAGGUUAUUAGUUCAGUCGAAGGAUUAGGCCCGGGCUAACACAAAGCCAAACCAACCACUAGGACUUGCACGAACCAGCAGUGGCAGUCUGGCAGAUGCUCUAAUCUGAUAUGAAUUAUGAAUACAGCAUAGGACAUCGCCUCUCUAUCCAAAAGAGGAGUGGAGAGACAUGGAUAGUCUCUUUUUAAAUCCGUUAAUUCGGUUGAGCUUGCCGCCAAGAUUUCGCGCCAAUCCAGUCAAAUAUUCGUGCCUUUACGUUUCUUUCCUCCAUCCCUCCGUUUUCAGCAACAACAUUGCUCGUCGUACGAGAAGAACAAGAAGAAGAAGGAACCCAACAAUUUCUGUUCGUCUGGGAGACACUGGAGAACCAAAGCAACAGCUAAAUCUCUCUGUUCUUCGCUUUACACUCGGUGAUAUGGGUUUAGGUAUUCCUGGGUUCGACGAAUCCUACCUACCCAGAUGGAUUGGCUACGCUUUCGGUUCGCUGCUUUUCUUGAAUCAUUUCGUGGGUUCGAGGUCAUACACCACUGCAGCCCAGUUCAGAUCGGAAGCCCUUGGUGUUUCUUUGGCGGCGUUCUCUGUUGCCCUUCCCUAUUUUGGAAAAUUUCUCAAGGGUGCAACUCCAGUAGAUCAGGCAGCUCUGCCAGAAGGCAACAAGCAAAUUUUUAUUAUGUCAGAAAGUCUCUCUGACAUUCAAAAAGAAGAUUUAGCAUGGGCAACAUACAUUCUGUUGCGCAAUACAAACACCAUGUCAGUGCUUAUAUCAGUUGGAGAUGCAUUAUGUGUACGUGGCUAUUGGGGAGCACCUGAAGAUGUAUCAAAAGCUAGUGAACUUGACUGGUUUGAAAGGCAGAUUCAACAAAUUGGAUUUUCUGAUUUAAGGGACACACUUUAUUUUCCUCAGACCUCAGAUUCCGCAUUUUCGGAGAUGCUUCCAAGAGGAACUCAGUCUCUUCUUGUACAACCAGUGCUUGGAGCUCCUAAACUUGGUCUUGAUGACACACAGGAAAUUACUGGUGGGUUCAUCUUAUUGGCUUCCAGCAUGAGUUAUGCUUACAGUGACAGAGACAGAGCUUGGAUAGGAGCUAUCUCAAACAAGUUCAGAAUUAUGAGAGUGAAUUCCUAAUGUAUCAAGAUAUCAUCUUUAAUCUGUGCCAGAUCAAUUUAGAUGAGGCUGAUCUACAGAAACUUCUCCAAGCCAUGUACCAAAUUUUCUGUCAAAGAAAGAAGAAAACAGGAGAAAAGCACUUAAAUUGUCAAUCGGGUUACCUUGAGCCGCACUACUUUCCUGAUGGCCAGGAUUAGGCCUGGCAUAAGGCACUUCAAUGCUCUAUUAUAUAGUGCUCAAGGGAGUAAACCUGGAGCCAACCUUUUAUAAUAGGAUUGAGAUUAUAUCAAUACAGGAACUGCUUUAAUUCCAAACAUCCAGAAAUGCUCCUCUCUGGCUCAGAGAAGUGAGCUGCCGUGCUGGAGGGAAGCCCUGGAAGUACCAAGCUGUGCACAGAGACUCCAUCUUCUCCCAGAACUUGACUCCUUGGCCUGUAUAAGAGAUUUAAUGAGAUGUCAUAAUGCACAAACAAGAAUUCCCACCUUCAUCUUUUCCUGUUUUCUGGGUGUUUGUUUUUUACUGUUGAACCUCUAGUACAUUUACGAAUUUCCUUCUUGAUGAAAUGGAACAUUCACUACAUUUUCCUCUUUCUAGACUAACAAAAAUUGACUGAUGAGAUUAACUGCACC